CACUUUCCAACAACCAUGGACAAUUACCCGAGGUCAGGAACCCACAACAAACACAACAUCCCAACCCUCAAGCAUCCCGGUGUGCAGGGAGAGCCCUCGCUGUGUCCCACCAUGGCAUUCGCUGGCACCUGGCAGAUCUACUCCCAGGAGAACCUGGAGCCUUUCCUCAAAGCUCUGGGGUUGCCAGAUGACACUAUCAAAAUGGCCAAAGAUAUUAAGCCUAUUGUUGAAAUCCAACAAAAAGGCAAUGACUUUGUUGUGACAUCCAAAACACCCAACAAAUCUGUAACCAACUCGUUCACACUUGGCAAAGAGGCUGACAUCACCACCAUGGAUGGCAGAAAGCUGAAGUGCACUGUGAACUUGGUGAACGGGAAGCUGGUGUCCAAAUCAGAUAAAUUCUCUCAUGAGCAGGAAGUUAAAGGAAAUGAAAUGGUGGAGACUAUAACAUAUGGUGGAGUAACACUUGUCAGAAGAGGCAAGAAAGUCUAAAGACUGAUCCUCACCUCUGUGACAGCUUUACAUACCUGAAAUAAAGUGCACUUUCCAUAAGG